GGUCAAUGCUGUGUUACCUUAAUGUUACCUAUCUCCGAGCAUAGGCACAGAACAAGAAAGCAGUCCUAGAGCACUUCCCCUUAGCCAAACACAUACGUAAACUUGUAUUCUGUUUUUUGUUGAGCGUAGCAUUAAGUUUAAGACUUAAGAGCUGGUAUUUUUCAUAGCAUUCGCACGUCGAGGCGUCUAUAUCGUGAAACCGUUGGGAGACGUUGUGCCAGUCGCUUCACGACACUUUUGGAGAAAUGUCUGAGGUCGCUGAGUUUGAGGCUACGCUGGAGUCGCUCCAGAAGUCCAGAACUGGUAUCUCAGGUUCUAAAAUCUCAAAGUUAACCAAAAUAUCCAUGGAUCAUGUUGCCCUGAAUGAUCAAUUUAUAUCUGAGGUGUACAAGUACUCAAAAAAGGCGCCGGGUUCGCAUAAGCUGGGUGCAUUGUAUAUUUUGGAUUCUAUCGUGCGUAGUUACCAAGAUGCGGCCAAAAAAAAUAACGAAAGCCUUGAAGCUGUUGUAGACAAAUCUUACAGCGGCGGUUGGAGUAAGGCAUCGGAGGUGAUGGAGACGCUUGUUCUGGAUGCAAUUCAAAAUUCACCUCGGGCUAAUGCCGCGAAAGUUGUGAAGCUGUUUGACAUUUGGGAAAAGGCCGGAACCUUUCCCGUGGAAAAGAUUCAUUCGUUGCGUGAAAAAUUACGUACUGCAUUGAAGGAUAAUUUGACAGAAUCCACUCCUAAUACCUCUACUUCUUCCUCUGUAGCUGAACGUAGGGAUAACGGUUCGCAUAAUGUGACAAGUGAUUCAUCAUCCAUGCCAGGUCAUGGCGCCGCCACGGUUCCCGUUGAGAACAACGCAGCGUCCAUCUUAGAAGCACUUGCUGCUUUUGCCCAAAAAGCGCCCAUCGCGCAACCUUCGGCUGCAGGAUCCAUUAACGACUUGAACGCCCACGGUAACAGAACCGAUAUUACUGCAAACACUUCACCUAAUGAUCCUCGUCAAUUACCCGCUCAGCCAGCUGUCAUUCCUCCCUCUAUCCCAACUCAGUCUUCAUCCACUGCUCCGUAUUAUUCUCCUACUUCCUCGAAUGCGGCUCCUUCACUUCCCUUGGGCCCAUCAGCUGCUCGUUCCAUGCCUUCUGGACCUGCUGUACCCAGUGCUAUCGAUGGUGGCAUUAAUCCUCUUCAAGCACAAAAAAUGGCACUGAUGAGUGUCCUCACAUCCCAAAAUGUACCUCCGGCCCAAAUUGAUGCCAUUUUGAAAGCUGCAUUUCCGGACUACCCGCCUGCCGCAGCUAGUUCGGUUCCAACUUCUGCUACUGGUUUUCCUCUGCCCGCUCCCACAACUUCACAGUCUAUUAAUCUGGAAUCUUUUCUUCCUCCUAAACGCUCAAGAAGUCCCAGUCCUCGCGGUGGUAGAUCCCGGAGGUCACCCAGUCCCAGAAGAGAUAUUACUUACAAUGCUCCAGCAAGCGGAGCACCAAAACCGUCGCCUGAUGGCUUCCCGCGUCGUUAUGCCCUGGACCCUACGAUCCCGCCAGAUUCUAUCAUGGUUUACAGUCGUACAUUGUUUUUGGGUGGAAUUACUCGUGCUGUUCGUGAGAAUGUUCUGCGGUCAAUGUUCGAACGUUUUGGAGCUGUUCAGAGUCUGGUUGUUAAUCACAAUUCGCGACACGGAUUCCUUAAAAUGUUCCAUCGUGAUGCUGCCGAAAAGGCUCAGGUGGCUAUGGAAAAUGUCCCUUUUGCUGAUACUACCAUUCGUACGAAAUGGGGUGUAGGUUUUGGACCAAAGGACUGCAUAGACUUUGCCACAGGCAUAAGCGUAAUUCCUGUUCGCCUGCUUACGGACGCAGAUCGUACAUGGCUUGUAACUGCUGAGUAUGGCGGUACAGGUGGGCUUCCCAUAACGCCUGGCGUUGCUGUUGAUGAGCCCGACAUUGAACUUGGUUUGGGCAUCAGCUCUAAAGCUAUCAGCAAGCGAGGUAAGGAGUUGGCUAUGAGACGAGACGAGAAGUUUCGUGGACGUAGAUUUCCUCGCGGCCCUCAAGCUGCUUCCGCUGCUGGUCCUGCUGAUAGAUACCACGAGCCUGCAGGCAAUGACUGGAACAGUAAUUCAAUGGAAAGUAAUUCAUUUCAUCCUUCAAACUUCCAAAACUAUGAUCAGUCACCGUACCCACCAGGACCCGUUUCUCAGCCGCCUUGGCAAUCUCAUUAAACAUACUUGUUCUGUUUCAGCGACAAGAUAUUGGAUAUGUUAAUGUGAGAUAUUGCAAAGGCUAAAGCCAGUGUUCACGAAGAACAGAAAGCUUGUGUAGCUAUUUCCUUUGUGCAUAAUGGGUUUCGUGUUUGUGCAUCCGAAACUCCUAGUUAUUACUAGCCCUCGUUCUUUCCUUUUUUUUUCCUCUUCAUGCUUGUUAUGCACUGUCAACAUCAUACAUUUACAGAUUAUCUUCUUGGCAUUGCAUAUUCACAGGCCUCCUUAUCUGCUAGUGUUGAUGUUCUGUAUAUGUACUCGAUUUUUUGUUUACUAUAAAAUCUAGCAUUAAGUAUGUACGCUAUGGUAGGUAAAUCGUUCCUGUCUGGCUCUCGUUUGUGUAUGUAAUGUAGCUUUGAUGUAGACGUAAUGCAAUGACACCUUACCUAAGUGGUAGUUCUUGUUGAG